GAAGAUCAUGAGUUACUUCAAUUUGUACUUACUCUGCAUGACGGAGAUACUCUCUAUGAUAUUGUACUUCAAGAUGCAAAUAAUAAUAGUAUGCAAGUGAGGAUUGAUUUCUUACAGCCAGAUAUAUGGUUGAUGAAUGGAGAUGAGAUUUUACAAUGUGAUAUCUAUAAUCAGUGGUUCUAUGAUCAUACCUCGCUUUAUUCGAUGAAUUUAGAUCCUCCAGUAUUGACUGCUUUUAAUAAUGAUUGGGAAUUAGUUGACUGUUAUGAUUAUGGGGCUUUUUUCACUUCUCCAAUUAUAACUAAAACCCAAGGGGAUUCGGUAACAACUACUACAUCGUUCAAUUCUGAUUUCCCAACUCCAACAAAACCAGGGGUUUAUAAUGGACAACCCUAUUCUAUAAAUUAUGUUAAUCAAAUUCUUGCGGAUGGAGAAUUAUUUUCAUCAAAUUUAACUUUUAUAUCAUCGAAUAAUAAAGUUAUUGAAUUACCGGAUUUCACUUUCAAUUUGGUUAAUGAUUCUAACGUUUUCGAAGGGGGGUUGGGAUUAGCCGGUAACCCUUAUGGAUCAGGUUUUUUGGAUUCUCUUAAACUGAAUGAAUAUAUUAAUAGUUCAGGUUAUUCACUUUUCUUUCAGAAUGAUACUCGUCCUUUUGGCCUAUUACUUCCCGGUUCGGUAAAUACUAAAUAUUUGUCUGGUGAUUUUUAUGAAUUUGAUUUAAUUAAUUAUACUGGUAUUAAUGACAACGAUAAUAAUAAUUUUGUUAAAUUACCAAUUUUACAAUUAGAUGAUUUAAUAAUUGAAAAUUCUAAAAAUGGUAAUACCCUUUCGUUAAAUUCAAAUCUUAGCUCAAUUGGAGUUUUAUUGGAUCCAAGAUCUUAUUAUACUUAUUUACCUCUAGAAACUUUGGUUAAUUUAGCAAUGCAAAUUAAUGCGGUUUACAAUUAUCAAACUGACCGAUGGAUUGUUCAGUGUGAUAACGUUUAUGAAAAUCAACCAAUUCUUCAAUUUGUUUUUGGUCCUUUAAAAAUUAAUAUAGAAUUAAGUGCCUUCACUUCUGAAGCUUAUUUUAAUAGUCAAAGUUUACAAUUCAAUAACGGUGAAAAAGCUUGUUUCUUACAAUUCUUACCUUCUUCCUCAAGUGGUUAUUUUAGUUUAGGUAGUGAUUUCAUCCGUCAAAUUUAUCUUGCAGUAGAUAACGAAGGUGAUAAAAUUGCCCUAGCAAAUACUAAUCAAAAUUUAGAUAUAAACUUAAAAGAUUUUAGCUUUUCCAAUAACCCUUCUAGCUUUCAUCCAAGAAAUUUAACUAAUUCGAAAUCAAUCGAUUAUAUUUCUUCGGGUAAAAUACCUUUUGCAACUCAUCACAAAAUCUCUGAUCCGGUCACUUGGUCUUAUUCGACAAAUACUGAUUCUACUACAGACAUACCAGCAAGAUUUCUGGGUGCGGUUAUUGAAUCAGGUAAAAUUUUAACUAAUGGUCAAUCAGAUACUCAUAGUUCAAUCCUUCCUGGUAUGGCUAGUGCUGCAAAAGAAAAUACUACU